AAACCUCAAACCAGAAAACCCUCUUUCCCACUGACUAUCGGAGAAAUCUUAUUGGACGUUGACGUUCGAGGUUGUAAGAAUUAUGUUAUCGAAAGGUUCACCGGUGGCGCCGGCGAUAUACAAUGCCUCCGCCAAAGAUGCUACUUGUGCCCUAACUCAGUCCCGAUCCAUCGGUUCCGUCUCAAUUCGUAGAAAAUACAACGUGUUUUUAUGCAAUUUGUCGUCGAGAAAGGUUUCUCCGUUACUGGCGGUGGCGACCGGUGAGCAGCCGAGUGGUCUUGCUAGUUUACAUGAGGCGGAGAAGGAAAAGAGCCUGGGGAACCGGCUACGGUUGGGGAGCUUGACGGAGGACGGAUUAUCGUAUAAGGAGAAGUUCAUUAUAAGGUGUUAUGAAGUUGGAAUUAACAAAACUGCUACUAUUGAAACAAUUGCCAAUCUGUUGCAGGAGGUUGGAGGUAAUCAUGCUCAGAGUGUUGGAUUUUCUACUGAUGGAUUUGCCACAACGACCACUAUGAGGAAAUUGCAUCUCAUAUGGGUUACUGCAAGAAUGCAUAUUGAAGUAUACAGAUACCCUGCUUGGAGUGAUGUGAUUGAAAUUGAGACUUGGGUUCAAGGUGAUGGAAGGAUUGGGACCAGACGUGAUUGGAUUCUCAAAGACUAUGCGAAUGGUGAGGUCAUUGGAAGGGCUACAAGCAAAUGGGUGAUGAUGAACGAGGAUACUAGAAGAUUGCAGAAAGUCAGUGAUGAUGUCAGAGAGGAGUAUUUAGUCUUUUGCCCCAGGACAUUAAGAUUAGCAUUUCCUGAAGAGAACAACAAUAGCCUGAAGAAAAUAGCAAAACUGGAAGAUCCAGCUGAAUAUUCCAGGCUCGGACUUGUGCCAAGAAGAUCCGAUCUGGAUAUGAACAAACACGUCAACAAUGUUACCUACAUCGGAUGGGCUUUGGAGAGCAUCCCACCAGAAAUCAUCGACACCCAUGAACUGCAAGCUAUUACCUUAGACUAUAGACGUGAAUGCCAACGGGAUGAUAUAGUUGAUUCACUCACCAGUCGUGAACCACUCGAAGAUGCUGAAGUUAUAGAGUUCACGGGGUGCAAUGGAUCCGUUCCCUCCAAAAAGGAUGAACAAGAUUUGAGCCGAUUUAUGCAUCUACUAAGAUCAUCUGGCAAUGGUCUUGAAAUCAACCGGUGUCGCACUGAAUGGAGAAAGAAGCCAGCAAAAAGAUAAGCAUAUCUGAUAUUGUACCCUUUUACCAUCCAGAAAAAUGUCUAUUGUCUGCUGUUAUGCAUGUAGAAUGAUAUAUACCAAUAAUCUACUAAGCGAAAAUAAUGUUUUAGAGUAGAAAGAAACGUACUUUAUCAAUAUUUGGUAUUAUAAACUUCGAGUUAAAUGGUUUAAAUAUUAAGAAAACUUGUACCAUGACCAUGAGUUCAGUUAAUUGU